AUGAGAAGGAUUACAGAUUUCCCUUUAAACAGAGAUAGUCUUAUCAUAGAAGCGAUGUAUACUUUAAAGUAUUACUAUAAGAACUUUAACAUUAGAAGUUUCCCUUUUAUCUUAAUUUUCUGUUUUCUAGAAUUUAAGAGUUAUGCGAUUGCUUUAUAUGUGUUAUUUGUUAUUGAAAUAACUUAUUAUACUCUUUUGUAUAAAUCAUCAUCGCAAGUAAUGGAAAAAGAGUUAGUUAUGAAUGUUAUUGAUAAGAGACCUUUCCGUUUCGCUGAUGAGUCUGAAAAGGGCCUAUUAAUUUGGGAUGAGAUUAUUCAAGAUACAGUUAUACAUGUUGAAAAAAGACUAGGAAUUCAAGAGUACGAAAUGGGAGACGUCGAGUAUGUUAAAGAUAUAUUUAUUAGUAUAAUCAACGAAUUCUGUUCUUCAUUUGAAAAAAAGGAAAGCAAGGAAGCUGAAGAUUUGAGUAAUUGGGAGAAGACUUUAGUUGUCGCAAGAAAUAUUUAUGAGCAAGACGUAACAAACUAA